AUGAUCGAAGAGAUCCAGGGCCCAGAUCUCCCCGUCACAAUCGCUUUGGAGUAUCUUGACACCACCAUUUCAGAGGCGUCCGCGGAAAAGGCCUUGAAUCGGAAGGAGUUGAAGCACGUUUCGCGCAGCGUCCUAGAGGCCCUACGAAACCUCCAUGAUGACGGCUAUGUACACGCGGAUCUCAAACCGGACAACGUCUACGUCAACAUGCAGGUAGGCGACAAUCGAUUCAGCGAGGUCAAACUUGGCGAUAUGGGCUCAAAAGCCGAGGAGGACAGAGAAAACCUCCCCUUGCAUGUUCUUAUGCGACAGUUAUACUGGUUCGGGCCGUUUCCAGACAAGACCGUCGAAAUAGCUGAUGAAGAGAUUACUAAGACCCUAGCGGCUCUAAAGAGAAACAAUUUACCAGCGCAGCAGGGAAUGUUCAAAACUAUCCCAGAGACAGAGCUGUCAAAGAAGGAUAACGAGUUUGUCCGUAGGAUAAUGAAGAUGGACUGGAGGGAUAGACCGAGUGCGGGAGACUUGUUGGAAGAUGAAUGGUGGGAAGACGAAUGA